UAACAGACAGAAUUCAAUGGUUUCAUUGGCAGGCCUCUAUGUGUAGAUAUACAGUAAUUUUACGAUGACAGUGACAAAUUAAACUGAAAGAUCUCUGUGGAAAGAACUGAAGCAGUGAGCAAUGGAAUGCCAGUGUUAAAAUGCUGUAUUUGACUUGACAACUAAACAAAACAUCUACCGUUAUAUCUACUUCAGAGGAGAGGAGAGUUCAAAUUUUGUCACUAAGUCUGUGGACAGGGCCAAGCAUUCAAGAAAAGGCCCAACAUUCAAAAAAGAGGAAAGUGAGAAGUGGAAUUCAUCUGUGAUUUUAAGCACAACGGUGAAGGGAGAAGGACAUACGGAGGUGCCCCCACCGGACCUCUGAAGAAGGGGAGACAUGGAACACUCCUGGAUUCUGAGCGCUGUUUACCUCCUGGUUGUCUCGGCUGCUGUUACACGUAACGGUGUGGCAGGACAAACUCACAAUGAUUCAGCGCCUACUACAGUGAUACAAAUUCAGAGUGAAUAUUUUGCAGUGGGCAAAGACGCUAACAUAAGCUGCAGCAAUAGGACAUGGUCUGAUGCUCUCCAUUUUAUCUGGAAAAUAAACAUUAGUGGAGUCAACUGUCUGAUAAGUGAAUCUACCAAAAAUCCUCCGCACAACAACUGCACAGGAGGGAAAACACUCCGCAACACCACCAAUGGGGAGUCCUACCUGCACAUUCCUGACUUUGGAGUCAAAGAUGAAGGGACAUAUAAAUGUGAAGGGGUGUUCAGAGGUGGAGCUGAACAGGUCAUCAUUACAGUGCAGGCAGCAGUCCCUCCUGUUCUCUCCACCAGUCUAGAGCGGGAUGGUGGUCAGUGGUUUGCUGUCUGUUCUGCUGCUGGGGGAAAACCAGCGGCCAAAGUGUCCUGGGAGAUGUCGAGAUCUUCUGGGGUCACUGAGAGGUCGACCCCAAACGCAGAUAAAUCUGUCACUGUUGAGAGUUGGCUGCAUUUGCAAAACAAUGACACGAUGGACAAGCUGAUCUGCGUGGCCAGUCAACCUUCCUGGACUAAAGAGUCAAUCUUGGAGCUUGGUGCUUGGAGCCUAAGUCGUGAAGGCAGUGCUUUUAAAUGGACCAUUCCAUUAAUAAUUGGUUGUCUGCUCAUCAUAUUGUCAGCGGCCAUCUUUUCCUAUGCUGCUCGUAAGCACCUCAGAAAAUUUAGUUUAUUCAUCAACCUGUGCUGCAAGUCUGACGGGACCUCAUCCACUGAGUCGAAACAGGCCCAGGAAGUGGAGGAGGUUGAGCCUUAUGAGAGCUAUGUGCAGCGCGUCAACUCCAUCUACAACUCUUCUGCUGACCUCUUCGGUGUCUGAUAUACAACACAGGCACAGCAGCACUUGUCUGCUGGGAGAUGUGUGUGUGUGUGUGUGUGUGUGUGUGUGUGUGUGUGUUCAUGUGUGUGUAAGCGUGCGUACUUGCAGCAAGCAGCUUUUGGGAAAUUAUGGUGAGGAGAUAACUCACUUUUGAGGUGUACAAGCCACUGUAGUGAAACACUCACAAAUCAAAAUGUGCUUUUAAAUCGUAAGACGUAUUUGAGCAGCACAUGAUGGGCCACCGCAAGAUGACGAAUGUCUUAGAUGGCUUAAGGUCCUCUAGAGAUGGGACUUGUUCCUGCAACAUGUACUGUCUUCAGACAUCUGGAUGAAAAAAAAGUGUGUUUAGAAAUAGUAUAGAUAUGGACAAAGUUGAGGUAGCAAAAGCCUUCUCAUCUUAUCCAGUGAAUGGACACUGAGUCAAAUCAGGAGUAUGAACAAAAGAACAAAACAGGCAACACUGUGUACAUAUGAAGGUAAUGGGAUUUAAACCGCCAGAAGACAAUAACGGUGGCCAUGAACCACUGAGUAAAUUGCCACGUUUUGAUUGCUGUUGGACAGUCAGGAGACAAUGAUCAAGGCCUUUACUCUUAACAAGUACACCACAGUUAUGUGGUGUACUUGUUAAGAGUGCAAGUUGUCUAUUCAAAUCGAGAUCCCCACACACACACACAACCAUUGCGGAGGCCUGAAAACUACGCCUCUGUACAGAGUUGGAAAACAGAAUAGUAUAGAGUGGGAAACUGAACAGUCAUACAGUACAGGGUGAUUAAGAUAACAUGCUGUAUGUGUCGUUAAGUGGGAGGGCAGCCGUCUGAUUGGCUCAUGGGAGGCCUGAGCGGGCCAGGAACCAGUCCCGGUCCCAAAAAUCAAGUCACGCUGUGACUCAUAGCAGGAAGAGUUCCACAUGAGAGGGUCAUGAGAGGCAGCUGGAGAGAGAGAGAGAGAGAGAGAGAGAGAGAGAGAGAGAGAGAG